AAUGAAAUUCGUUUGAUCGUUGAAUUGAAGAGCCUUCGUAUGGAAGUUGAAACUCGUUCUUCCCUCCUCUUUCGUCUAUAGACUUUUUUUUUUUCCUUUUUCUCUGGUUUCCGGCGUGGCGGUAUUGAGAUUUUUGCCCCUUCGCCUCCAAUUCCGUUCAAUUUAUUCGGUGAAAUUUGAUCAUGGGAGGCGGCGGGUCGAAUCCAGGUCCGGUUUCAUGUGGGUCGUGGAUUCGGAGACCCGAUAAUGUGAACUUCGCGGUUGUUGGGAGGUCCAGGCGGCCGGAUUCAUCGCCUUCCGUGCUCGAGAUCUUCUCGUUUGAUCCCAAUACUACUUCUCUUUCGUCCUCUCCCCUGACUGAAUUCGUGUUUGAAGAAUGCGAAGGCGAUCUUGUCGGUGUUGCUGUGCAUCCCAGUGGGGAUGAAAUUGUGUGCUCUACCACUCAAGGUGGAUGCAAAUUAUUGGAGCUGUGUGGUCAAGAGUUAAAUAUGAAGCUGUUGAUGAAAGAGUUGCCUCCACUGAAAGAUGUUGGUCCUCAGAGUUGCCUAGCUUUCAGUGUUGAUGGUUCUAAACUUGCCACCGGUGGAGUGGACGGACAUCUCAGAAUCUUGGAAUGGCCAAGCUUGCGCCCCAUUUUAGAUGAACCAAGAGCGCAUAAAUCUGUAAGGGAUAUGGACUUUAGCCUGGACUCAGAGUUCUUGGCUUCUACUUCCGAUGAUGGAUCAGCCAGGAUUUGGAAGACUGAUGAUGGAGUUCCUCUAACUACUUUGACACGGAGUGCGGAUGAGAAAAUUGAGCUUUGUCGAUUCUCCAAGGAUGGGACAAAACCAUUUUUAUUUUGUACUGUCCAAAAAGGUGAGAAGGCUGUCACUGCCGUUUGGGACAUCAGUAAUUGGAAAAGAAUUGGGUAUAAGAGGUUGCUGAGAAAGCCUGCUUCAGUAAUGUCCAUCAGUCGAGAUGGGAAAUAUUUAGCCUUAGGAAGCAAGGACGGGGACGUAUGUGUGGCUGAAGUAAAGAAAAUGGAAGUCAGUCAUAUGAGCAAGAGGCUGCAUCUGGGGACAUCCAUAGAAACUUUAGAGUUCUGCCCCAGUGAAAGGGUUGUGCUUACUAGUUCAGUUGAAUGGGGAGCUUUGGUGACAAAGCUAAACGUUCCUGCUGACUGGAAAGAGUGGCAGAUCUAUUUGCUGCUCGUAGGCCUAUUCGUGGCAUCGGCUAUUGUUUUCUAUAUUUUCUACGAGAAUUCCGAUUCAUUCUGGCAAUUCCCUCUUGGAAGAGAUCAGCCAGCAAGACCUAGGUUUGAUUCAUUUGUUGCAGAUCCACAGUCUGCUGAUGAUCCAUUUGGACCAGUUGACAUGUGAGAACAUUUGUUACACAUUAACUACCGACCGAAUGCAGGAGAGGCGUCUUCAGCACCGGUUUUCAGUUCUUCAAACUUCUUCUGCUUAGCUUUAAACCUCAUUUCAGGUAGAAUCGUUUGCAAGUUCAUUUGUUUGUAACAUCCAACAAAACACAGAGGCUUUAUACAAUUCUUAUGAUUAACCAGCUCGUCUGUGAUCAUUAAGUUAAAAUGACAGAAAUGUUAAUUAUGUAUUGAGAUUAUACAUCCCAGGUGCUAUUUGUUUGAACAAUUAUUUGAUUGUACAA